AUGGCGGGUAUGCGAUUGCUUGACGUGGCUGUACUAUUUAAUGCUUCUCGUGCCGUUGCUUCGAAGCAUUUCAGCAUCCGUUUGAAGCAGCUGGAUGUAUAUAGCAAGACUUCGACUUUGGCAAAAGCCUUGCGGAAGCAGACGAAAUCUACAGCCCAAGCUCUUCCCCCUUCUGGGCUAGGGCCUAGCUUAAAUUCUCACGCAGCAUCCCAACGGCAGACCUACAGCUCCAAAUCUGGCUCAGGAGUAGGGCCGAUUCCUUCCUCGGAAACUGUGCAGGAUACAAGCCAGCUAAACAAAGGUUCCGAAGGAUUGGAGCAAGACCACUCUUACAGGCCUCACGAUAACGCUGUGCUGGAUGAUGUGCCAAACGGAGAACUGAACGUCCAGCAAGAGAAGGCGAAACGGCAUCCAUUGCCAGAUGGCACGAUUCCUCCUGAAAAGGCUGCUAUUGGUAAAUCCAAGACAGAUCAAGAUGCCUACAGUCAGCGGCCGGCCACAGAGCCUUUGAAGAAGCCUACGGAGCAACAUGAAUCGCCAUCAAAGAGUUUGAAACCAGAAUCCUCAGGCCGAUCAAGCAUUCCAGAUCCCGAUAGGGUAACACUCGAGUCAUCUGGGUUGUCCUCUAAAGAUGCCAGGAUUUUGCAGCGACGAUCUGAGUCUCAGAUCCCAUCUAAAGCAGGCGAGCCGCCAAGAGCAGAAGCAUAUGAGGUAAAAGCGUCCCAAAGUUAUGACGGCCCAGAAAUGGGUGUUAAUCAAGAGAGCGACACUUUCUAUAGAGCACCCGAUAGUGCAUCGCCUGUGCUGUCGGCUCUUCCUCGAUUUAAGCUCCCCAAGAACGUAGGCGAUGUUCAAGGAGGAGUUUCACAUCUCAAGGAGGAUGUUAACGCAGAUUUUUUCUACUCUUCUGGUGGCAAAGAAGGAUCGGCCAGUGCUUCGGAGCAAGAAUCUUCACAAGGGCCGGAGGAGCCGUCUGAAGAAAUGGUGAAUCAGAUCUUUCAUAGCCCUCGGGUCGCAAGGAUUCUUAGAAGCAAGGGACAAUUCGGAAGCUUGAAACCCGGGAACACAGGCUCACCGCGACGCAAGUCAACACUUGCCGGACAGGGAGAUCAUUCAAGUGCCACAAAUACCAAAAUUGAUGGAUUUGGCGAUGGCGGGUUCAACACUACACGUGGGCCAAAGCAGGAACAGGAUGAUAUCACUAAGCUUGCAGCCGACAUACAAAAAGAUGCUCAAACAGUUGCAUAUCUGAGAUCCGGAGAAAAUGCCAUGGGGAGCCGCGGGCCGUUUGAAAUGCGAGAAUCCCGAGUGCCAUCGUCCCGAUUCGGGCGAAUGUGGCAAUAUGGUGGCCUGGCGGCUUCUAUGGCUUUUGGAGCCGCUGGCGAAAGUCUCAAGCGAGCAACAGGUUCUGCUACUGAAAGUGACGGGUCGCUCGUGCUUAGUACCGGCAAUAUGGAACGCCUUGUUGCAAAGCUCUCAAAAAUGAGGGGAGCUGCCCUUAAGCUCGGACAGAUGAUGAGCUUUCAAGAUUCAAAAAUGCUUCCAAAACCCAUCUACGAGGUUCUUCAGCGCGUGCAAGAUAGUGCUGAUUACAUGCCACCCUCCCAGCGCAAUUCAGUUUUAGCCAGCGAGCUCGGAUCUGAUUGGCGAAGUUUGUUCGAAUCAUUCGAAGAGAAGCCAAUGGCUGCGGCAUCCAUCGGCCAGGUACAUGGAGCCAUCCUGAAAUCGAACAGGCAGAGAGUUGCUGUCAAGGUGCAGUAUCCAGGCGUCGCUGCAUCAAUCUCCUCCGAUCUCAGCAAUCUCUCGCUUUUGCUUACAGCAUCUCGUCUGCUCCCAAAAGGGCUAUACCUCGAUAAGACGAUAGCCAAUGCACGAACCGAACUGGCUUGGGAGUGCGACUAUAUUCGCGAGGCUGAUGGUGCCAAGCGAUUCAAGGAACUGCUGUCAGACGAAACAGACACGUUUACUGUGCCAAAAAUUUAUGAUGAAGCUUCUGGAAAACAGGUCUUGACUAUGGAGCGAAUGGAAGGUAAAGCUGUCACUAAAAUCCAGAACUUCAGUCAGGAACAGAAUGACUGGAUCGGAACGCAGAUCUUACGCCUCUGCCUGCGGGAGAUAAUGGAGUUCAGAUAUAUGCAGACAGACCCCAAUUGGACAAACUUCCUCUACAACAGCGAUACGAAUAGACUUGAACUGCUCGACUUCGGCGCCUCAAGAGAGUUUCCACAGAAAUUUAUGCAUCUCUACAUCAAGAAUCUGAUUGCGGCUUCUCGGAAAGAUCGUGACGCUUGCCGAGAGCUAUCGAUACAGUUGGGAUACCUUACUGGUUAUGAGUCCCAAAUAAUGCUAAAUGCACAUAUUGACUCGGUAAUGACGCUGGCGGAACCUUUCAUGGAAUCUGCGCCUGAGAUCUAUGACUUCAAGGACCAGACCAUUACCGAUCGCGUCAGGAAUCUUAUUCCCAUCAUGAUUCGAGAAAGGCUCGCACCACCACCAGAAGAGACGUACAGCUUACAUCGAAAGUUGAGUGGAGCAUUCUUGCUCUGUGCACGGUUGGGAAGCCGAGUAAAAUGCAAAGAGAUGUUCAAUUGGGCUUUAAUUAAGUCCCAUGCGCAGCGAGAAUAG